AUGGAUAUUUUGGAAGAAGUAAGAGAAUGGGAAUCCACGCUGAGAGAAGAGCUUGAAGGGCUUCAGUCCUGCAAAGAAAAAGUUGAAGAAGAUACCUCAAUUCCUGUACAAAUUCGAGAGAGAUUUGUGGAAGUAUUGAGAACUUUGAAAAUGAACAUGGUUCAAGUUAUGGCUAAGUGCUCACAGCUAAGGAGCGAGUCAUUGACACCGAAAGCUGUCAAAGCAAGAGCAGAAAGACUAAGGACAGAGUACAACGAAACGAUAAAGAACUUAAAAAAGCUUUUAGCAACAGCAGACCCAAGCAGACAAACUCAAAAUCAAAAAUCAAAUGUGAAAGCCCGCCAAUAUGCACAAACUGAAGUUAUGCCUGACAAACUGCCUGAAAACGUUUACUCAGUCUUACAGCGUGAACUUGUAGAUUUGAGACAAAUUAUAAAAAGAGUGAAAAAGGAUUUAAAAUCUCAUAAACAUUCAGAGUAUGAGCAAAGAGUGGAAGCUUUGGAGAUGGAAAAUAAAAGGCUUAAAACUCAGCUUGGACUCAUGCAAGAAGAGCAUACUGAGGCAUUGCAGACGCUUCAUCUACUUAAAUCGAGGCUAGAUAGGCUAGAAUCGCAGCAAUAUAUUCCUCUUACCCCUUCUGAGCAAGAAAGAACGAAAACUCCUAUAAGGGACACAUCUGCGAAAAGAGAAAGAUUCUUGCUUAAACCUUCAAACGAUGCUGAAAGGAUGCUUUCAGCUACUUAG